AAUAUAUUAAGGAUUUCCAAUUAUGCAUGCUUUAGAAUAUUCUCAUAUCUCUGGUGCUGAAAUCACAUAAUGUUUGGAAAAUGAUUUAUAAACCUACGAAAUAUCACUAGAUAAGUUUUCUGAGGAAGAGAAAUAAUGGAUUAUUAAAGAUAUUAAAGAAAAGAUGUGUUACAUUGCUAAUGAUUAUGAAAUGCAAGUAAUAAUUAUUAUUUAUAAAUUUAGAUAAAUUCUGAAGAUAAUUUUACAGAAGAAGAGAAAAGCUAUGAAUUACCAGAUGAAUAAGUUAUUCAUAUUACUCCAAAAAUUAGAUAUCAUUGUUCUGAAGCUUUAUUCAAUUCUGCUAUUAUAAAUAAGAAUAGUUCUUCAUUGCCUUAAAUGAUUGUUAAUUCUAUCUAAAGAUGUGAUAAGGAAUUGAGAUAAGAAUUAUUGUCUAAUAUGGUUCUUGGUGGAGGUACUUCUAUGUUUUAAGGACUAAUAUCCAGAUUAUAAGAUGAUAUUUGUUAAAUCUAUCCAGGUGGAGCUAUGAGAUCAGAAUUCAAUUUUGUGGCUGAUUUCCAAAGAAAAUAUAGUGCUUGGAUAGGUGGUUCUAUGCUUGGAUCACUCAAAACAUUUUAAUCUUUGGCAAUCAAUAAAUAAGAGUAUGAAGAAAAUCCUGAAGGCAAAAUGUCACUUAUUCAUAAAAGAACAUUUUGA